UUUUCAAUGUUGCCAUAUUGUAGUGUCCUUUGUUCAUUAAUUCUUUUUCUUUUCUCGGUGGCGUCGGUUGAAACAAAUAGAACAAAUGUGUAUAUGUGUGAUUUGAGAUUGUGCGUGAUUUAAAAGACUAAAAAAACAAUAAACAAAACCCGACCGCCAACAUAACCUCCAAUUAAUGGUCCAUGGAUAGAAAAGCCAUAUAUGUGUCUCCAGCAACUCGAGAAUAUUUUGUAUAUGUUUAUAAUUUUGGUCUGAAAUGAGUUUCCUAAAGCCGAAAGAUGUAAUAGACGAAGGAGAUACUGUCAUCCUGUAUAUAAGUGUAAAUUCUAUGCACGUCAUAGAAGCUACCCCGACCAUAGUUAAUAAGAAAGGCGAAACUAUUGAGCACAUAUUCCAAACCUCAUUUGGAGCCCUGAAAGUACGAAACAUCAUCGGUGUAAAAUAUGGAAGUCGCGUCGAAUUGUCUAAAGGCUAUGCUUAUGUACUGCUGCCCAAUCCUGAACUAUGGACACAGACACUGCCACAUCGAACACAAAUCAUCUAUACACCCGAUAUUAGUAUGAUACUACAUCAACUUGAAGUGCGUCCAGGUUCGAUUGUUAUAGAGUCUGGAACAGGGUCGGGAUCAUUAUCACAUUAUUUCCUAAGAGCCGUUAAGCCACAUGGCCACCUGCACACAUUCGAUUUUCACGAAGCAAGGGCUAAUCAAGCUCGAGAUGAAUUUAAACAUCAUGGACUGGGUGAUUUUGUUACCGUCUAUCACCGGGAUGUUUGCGAAAAUGGUUUCGGCGAAGAGUUAAACGGUAAAGCGGAUGCUGUAUUUUUGGAUUUACCCGCACCUCAACUUGCUGUUCCCCAUGCUUAUAAAGCAUUAAAAGAUAGCGGUGGCCGUUUCUGUUCAUUUUCUCCUUGUAUAGAACAGUCACAACGUUGUUGUGCGGCUUUACAAGAACUCGGCUUUACGGAAAUUCAAUCAUACGAAAUUUUGCAACAAGAGGAUGUUGUAAAGACAAAAACAUUUCCCGUUAUGAAUUUGGAAUUUCUCAAAACAGAGAAAGAUACGUCUUCAAGUACGAAACAACCAAAAGAAACAAUGAAAAUUUUAACUUCAUCGGCUCCUCCUACUCAGCCUGGCCAUACAGGAUUUUUAACGUUUGCAACUCUGCAACCAGCAUUUCUUAGAUAGUUUUUAAUUGUACAUGGUACAAUUGUAUUUAAAUAAACAACAAAUAUAAUUGUAAUUGCAAUGGCAAAAAAACAUUCACUGAUUUUACAGUGUUACCUAAAAUCCGACGUACUCAGUCGAAGUUUUUCACCACCAUACAAGUAAAACACAAUUUACCCAAGUAUAUCGGACGUAUGAAAGAUACACACAAUUCAAAUUUAAUAAAACCUUGGACGGAUUCUUUUAAAUUCUGAAUGAAAAACAGUUUAUUGUCACUUAUACCUUAAUAAAUAUACCUUUGAUAUGUGAUGAUUUGACAAAAACAUAA